UUAAUAUCCGCUUCUUCUCAUGGCAUCUAAAAUCCCUAAAUUCCUUUCUCCGCUUCCCUCUGAGUUCGCUGCCAUGGAAGCUCUCUUCAUCUAUUCACAAUCCAGCUCUGACGCUUUUACCCUGGCCAAACAACCAUUCGUGGAGGCUAAUAGGGCGACUAAGGGGGAUUUGAGGCCGUCGAAGACUUUCCAUCCCUGGCGAUGGUGUGGAUGAUGGUGGCGGAGCCGCCGCUGCCGAUUACAAAAAAUCCGGCAGCCUCUACUGACCGAUGGAAGAUAAAGCGGUGUUGAAGGAUUUUGACUUGACAUUGAGGAUGGGGACGCUUUUCCAGACGGAUAUAUCCGCCGAGAGAGGAGACUAGUUUGGACGACGAUUUUGGAGUAGAUGAAGAAGAGAACGAGAAGGAUGUGUUUUGUGUGCCAUUGUUCCUCCAAUGUUUAGAUGCCAGAGGAGGGAGGUAAAGUACAAGUAAAAGUCGAGAAUGAGGGUGAAAAUAAAAUAGAUCUGGAGGGUAGAGAAUUCUCUUUUGGUCGAUGGCGAGAGAGGGAUCGAAAGGUUCUGGUGCUGGCGAGCUCCAGGGGCGGCGGCGGCCGCUGCUACGACGGUGGCAACGCUAUCCGCCUCUUCCUCUUCCCCUCUGUUCUUGUUCGAAACGUCGGAGUCAUGUCAUCGCCGUCGUCGUCCUAGAUUAGGAAAAUUUAGGCAGAUCUCGAACGAAAGGAUUAGGGUUGCACAAAUCUUAAUAUUUUUCUCCUUUUAUUAGAAGGGAUUUCUGGAGCAUCAAAAUGGUUAGGGUUGGAAGGAAGAAAGAAGAAUAGGGGGCGGAGCUGCGAUGGAAUGAAACCUUUUUGUAGAU